AUGGCUGACCCUGCUUCGAGCACCGAGCGGCCCUUCACUCUCAACGUCCCCGAAGCCGAUCUCGACUUCCUCCACCAGAAAAUCAAGCUCACUCGCUUCCCAGACGAGCUCGAUCAAGCCGACUGGGAAUACGGAGCACCGCUCGCCGACAUAAAACGGCUCGUUUCCCGCUGGCAAGACGGCUUCGACUGGCGCAAGUCCGAGGCGGCCAUCAACGCCCUGCCCCAGUUCACGCGCGACAUCGAGGUCAACGGUUUCGGGACGCUCAACAUCCACUUCCUGCACCAGAAGAGCGAGGAGGAGAACGCGGUGCCGUUCCUGUUUGUUCACGGAUGGCCGGGACACUUCCUGGAGGUGCGCAAGAUACUGCCGCUGCUGACUGCCAAGUCGGCGGACCACCCGAGCUUUCACGUCGUCGCCUUGAGCCUACCGGGCUUCGGCUUCUCCGAGGCUCCGAAGAAGAAGGGGUUUGCGGAGCGUCAGUAUGCGGAAGUGGCGAACAAGUUGAUGGUCAGUCUUGGGUACGACCAGUACGUCGUGCAAGGAGGAGACUGGGGACAUUACGUCGCGGCGUAUCUCUCUACCUUCUACGCCCAUACACAUCUCAAGGCUUGGCUAUCCAACUACCCAAUGGGAAUACCGCCAACUCUAUCCGAGACGCCUCUGCUGCACCUCACGCACAAGAUCACACCAUACACCCAGUUGGAGAAGAAGGGCUUGGAGACGUCGGCCAAGUUUCGAGCUACGGGAGGAGGCUAUUCAUACGAACAGUCCACGCGGCCCCAGACGCUCGGGUACUCCCUCUCCGAUUCUCCAGUCGGGCUGCUGGCGUGGAUCUACGAGAAGCUGGUGGACUGGAGCGACGCGUACCCUUGGAAGGACGACGAAGUGCUCGAGUGGGUGUCCAUCUACUGGUUCUCGCGCGCGGGCCCGGCGGCGUCGGUGCGGAUCUACAAGGAGAUGACGGGCGGGUACGCGUACCGGGCGAUCGCGCACGCGAAGCGGACGUCGAUCCCGUUCGGGGUCUGCUACUUCAAGGACCUCAACCGCUCCCCGCGCAAGUUCCUCCAGGCGCUCGGCAACCUCCAGUUCGAGUCGGAGGAGCAUGAGAAGGGCGGGCACUUUGCGGCGCACGAGGUGCCGGAGGCGUUGGUGGGCGACAUCCGCAAGUUCUUCGGAAAGGGUGGCGCGGCGUAUGGAGCGGUGGAGGGGCGGAGUGGGUAUGCUUGA